CCCACCGCAUCGCUGCUGUCACAGCGAAAUAAAUCAAUUUUGUUUACCUAUAGAAUUUUCGUUCCGCUGCAGGGCAAAAGUUUUCCAUUUUCCUUUCCCAAUGGUAAAGUGCGAACAAUGUAACCGCGACUAGUUCUCUCGCGCAAUGUCUAUCCCGGUGAAAUACAGUGCCAUAAAACAGGCGAUCACGCCAAAAACGGACUGCAAUCGGUAUCUGCUCACGUUCGUGACGGCGCUCGUGCUGUUCACCCUUUGGCUUGGGAGGAGUUCGGUUUCGGAGGCGGACAGCGAGCAACUAUCGCUGGAUCUGGUGGAUAUACCGCAGGUGGUGCUAGACAAGGAUGCCGAGCUGGCUCGGGCCAGAAAUCGGAACUGUUCCUACUGGGAUUGCUUCAAUGUUUAUCGCUGCGGUCAGCGAGCGACCGGAGGAAGUCCCAAGGGUGGUGGCUUGUGGGCGGAAGAACAACAGGAGCGGAUAUCGAUUUACGUUUAUCCGCUAAAGGAAUACAUUGAUGGGGACUCGGGUGCGCAGGCCUUUCAACUAACGAAGGAAUUUUAUGGCAUUCUUAAGACGAUUGUUGAUAGUCCGUAUUAUACGGCCAAUCCGAACGAAGCGUGUCUGUUUGUGCCGACUCUGGACACAUUGAACCAAAACCGAAUUGAUGUGAACUUGGUGGGAAAAGCACUGGCUUUAUUGCCGUAUUGGGAGAACGGAGAAAAUCACAUCCUGUUUAAUUUUAUUGCCGGAUCAACUCCGGACUAUAACACAGUGUUAGAUGUCAACACUGACCGGGCGAUGAUUCUGGGUUCUGGAUUUGAUACUUGGACCUAUCGACCCGGUUUCGAUCUGGUUAUGCCGAUGUACAGUUCGAUACUUGACCAUUAUCGUCCAAAAGGCGGGGAGCUCGGUUCCGAGAGAAAGUUUCUUCUCGUUUCUUCCCAGUUGAACAUUUUUCAGCGACAGUAUCGAAUUAUGCAAGAACUGACGUACGAUUAUCCGAAUGAUAUUCUUUUGCUCCAACGAUGUCCCACAUCGACGGUCAAAGCGGAGGAUAGCUUGGAAUCUUCACGAGGCUCCAUGGAAGAUUCAAUCGGAACGGAGGAACUGUUAAAAACCAUCAAAGAUAUACGGUGUAACUUCCCCCAGGGGAAUGAGUAUGAAUAUCCGAACGUGCUGGAGGCUGGUCAAUUCUGUCUGGUUGCAAGAGGCGUUCGCUUGUCCCAGCCAACACUGAUGGACGCACUAGCAACCGGCUGUAUUCCAGUGAUUAUGGCGGACAAUUUGGUUCUUCCUUUUGUUGAUAUACUAGACUGGGAUUUGUUCUCGAUGAGAAUCUACGAAAAUAGUCUUCAUUCGAUUAUCGCGACAUUGAAGGCGGUAUCCAAAGAAAAAAUCCGAGAGCUACGAGCUCACGGCGCGUAUAUUUAUGAUCGCUACUUUUCUUCUCUGGAGAAGAUAGUAUUAACGACCCUUGACCAGUUGAACGAUCGGAUAUUUCCACAUCUCAGCAAAACCUACAAGCAUUGGAACGUGGCCAGAACCCAACGGUCCACGCAGAAUCCUCUAUUUUUGCCCUUGAUUGCACCGAAAUCUCAAGGAUUCACGGCUGUUAUUCUGACCUACGAUCGAAUCGAGAGUCUCUUCAUUCUGAUCCAAAAACUAGCCACGGUUCCGUCACUGCAGAAGAUACUAGUCAUCUGGAAUAACCAGAAAAAGGCCCCGCCCCAUCCGUCGCUUUUCCCAAAGAUCGGUAAACCGCUGAAAGUAAUUCAAACCGCAGCGAACAAAUUAUCGAAUCGCUUCUAUCCUUACGAAGAAAUAGAAACCGAGGCGAUUCUCACGAUUGACGACGACAUCGUGAUGCUAACGGCCGACGAGUUGGACUUUGGUUAUGAGGUGUGGCGUGAAUUUCCCGACCGAAUCGUGGGAUUCCCUUCGCGAACGCAUGUAUGGGACAACAGCACUAACCGCUGGCGUUACGAGUCCGAGUGGACCAACCAAAUUUCGAUGGUACUGACGGGGGCCGCCUUCCAUCACAAGUACUGGAGCUACAUGUACACCAACGCGAUGCCCGGGAACAUCAAGGAAUGGGUCGACGAACAUAUGAACUGCGAAGACAUUGCUAUGAACUUUCUGGUGGCGAACGUCACCAAUAAACCGCCGAUCAAGGUGGCCCCGCGAAAAAAGUUUAAAUGUCCCGAGUGCACCAACAACGAGAUGCUGUCGGCCGACCUGAACCACAUGAUGGAACGGUCCGCCUGUAUUAACCGGUUCGCCGACAUUUACGGCACGAUGCCACUGCAGACGGUGGAGUUCCGGGCGGAUCCGGUACUGUUUAAGGAUAACUUCCCGGAGAAGUUGAAGCGGUUCAACGAUAUCGGUAGCUUGUAGGCGUGUUGACAGUCGAUGCAUUUAUUAGUCGAACGUAAAGUCUCUGUGCGUAGAUGGUGUUAGUCAUACCGUGUUAAACUUAGUCAUAAAACAAUAAAGUAUUGUUUACCAAUUAGCAAAA